AUGGAAUACCAUGAAAAAGGCGACCUCCAAAGAUACCUAACGAAAAGGUUUCCGGAAACAGAGGCGAGAACAAUCACAACUCAGCUACUGGAGGCCCUGGGCUACAUGCACGACAACGGAUUUGCUCAUCGAGACUUAAAGCCGGGAAACAUCCUGGUCAUGGAAACUACUCCGAUUUGGUGGGUGAAAGUAUGCGACUUUGGCAUAUCAAAAAGAGCACAAGAAGAAUCAACUGCCCUUCGUACAACCGCGAUUGGCACAAAGUACUACCAAGCGCCUGAAGUCUGUGGGAUGUAUAGCCCGGAUAUAGUUUCUGAAGAAGUUCAUGAAGAGGCAGAUGAUACCAUUUACGGUGUAUCUGUGGACAUUUGGGCCUUGGGAGCAAUCACCUACUACCUUCUGACCAAACAACAUGCCUUUGGAAGCCUCCAGGCGUUAGGCAAGUAUGCGACCAAGCGCCAGUCAUUUCCAAUCCAGCCUCUGGUCGAAGCUGGUGCCAGUGAUUUUUGCAAGGAUUUGGUUGGGCAAAUGUUGGCUGCUUCUCCAGGUUCUCGGCCUACGGCUUCCCAGGCUUUGAAGCAUCCAUGGAUAGAGGAGAAAUCCAUCAGUAGCCCAUCGGAAGAUGACACAUUGGAUAGACCCUGCCUCAAGGAACAGUUGGCCAACUCCGCUUUCUGA